AGGAGCACAAUACAGGCAGCCACAUGUCCAACCCUAAGCAGCGUCAAGUGAGACCCUACAAUCCUCUGCCAUCUUCCUUCUGCACAGGGGAGCAUUCUCAAUACAGGAUCUGCAACAGUAAUGCUUGUGCACUAUCCAGCAGACACAUCAGAGCCGUCCAGUGUUCCUCUUACAACAACCAGCCUUUCAUGGGCAGACUGUAUGAAUGGGAACCUUUUAAUGAGGUUCCUGUUGAGCAGCACUGUGAACUCAACUGCCGGGCCGUAGGGUUCAGGUUCUACGUGCGGCAGUCAGAAAGGGUGAUCGACGGGACGCCGUGUGGACAGAAUGAAACUUCUCUCUGUGUGGCAGGAAAGUGUACGGUAGGCCACACAUGGACCUUUUUUCAGAUUUAAUUUAGGAAAGAAAAGGAUUUUGUAUUUAUGUUCAUGUGAUUGGAUGUGUUCACAAGCAGAGCUUCAUUAGUGUGAUUAUAAUCUUG